GCUUACACUGUAGACGUAAUGCAUGAUAUGUUGGAAGGAGUUGUGCAACGGGAGAUACAUUUUAUUAUUGAGUUGAUCGUUAAGAAAAAAAUACUAACACUAGAUAUAAUUAAUACAAGGAUACAGGAAUUUAAUUUUGGCAGCAUUGAAAUGAAAAAUCGGCCUAGUCCAAUAGUUUUGAAGCAGUCAGGCUUAAUAGGUCAACGCGCAGCACAGACA